AUGGAAGUAGACGAUGUUGGGCCACUUGCAUCAGCCAAUGAGAAUAAGAAGCGUUUUGAAAUAAAAAAGUGGUAUGCGGUUGCACUAUGGGCCUGGGAUAUUGUAGUUGAUAACUGUGCAAUCUGCCGUAACCACAUAAUGGAUUUAUGUAUUGAAUGUCAGGCUAAUCAUGCUUCAGCUACAAGUGAAGAGUGUACCGUGGCUUGGGGAGUUUGUAAUCAUGCCUUUCAUUUUCACUGUAUAUCAAGAUGGCUAAAAACACGACAAGUUUGCCCCUUGGAUAAUCGUGAAUGGGAGUUACAAAAACGUAUGGGAAACCGGUGCUGUGGUCUUUGCCCCAAUUCACAAGAUGAGGAAGAAGAAAAUGUUGAACGACAAAGGCUGAUUUCAAGUCCCCAGCUUUCGUAUGAUGGAGGACAACCACCUUAUGGAAGUUUUGUGUCUCCAGAUCAUGUUACAACUGAACCUCAAUCUGACAUCAAUACAAUGAUGACCGACAUAAUAAAGGUGGUUGAAAAUCAAGUGCUAGACGCUGGUGCAACUGACUACAAUCCUCUGGAUUCACAAGAGCAUAUUGAACGAUCAAGAUACUAUGCAGAAAAUAUUGCGCGACAGCCCUUAGGUCCACCACCUUUGCCAGUUUUCUUACCGAGGACUUUUGGUAAUCCUGCAUCAAUCAUAGACGCACCUCUAAUUGACAUCAGUCAGAUAAAUGAAAUGCGGCAGGUAGCAAAGGAAAAUGCAGAAUUGGUACAUGAGAUGGGCAGUCAAGAAAAAGACGAUCUCAUUGCUCACUUUAAUCAAGUCUAG